AGUCAAACAACCCCAAUGUCAAAACUGACAGAUGAAGCGACUAGUGUAAUCAGUGAAUCGACUAAAGGUGCAUCAUCAUUGAUCCUUGUCCAAAUCAUAACCAAACUAUUCACAUUCUUACUCAAUCAGCUAUUAAUUCGAUAUGUCUCCCCCAACAGUUUUGGAUUAGCAACCUACUUGGAGUUCCUCAAUUCGACAAUCCUCUUCUUCAGUAGGGAAGGAGAACGACUUGCCAUUCAACGUAUAAAACCAAGUAAGGACACAACACGCACGUUUCAAAGCGUGAUCAACUUUGGAUUCUUGAGUUUGGCUGUGGGUGUGCCGAUCAUGCUUUGCAUUGGAUAUUGGCAAUGGCAUACCACCACAUUUCAAGAAUCCUUAUUGGUUUUGCCAUUCCAUAACUGGACAAUUACAUUGAUUUCGGGUCUGAUUUUAGUGGAAUUACUAAUUGAACCGGUAUACGCCCUCUAUCAAUUCCAAUUGGAUUUUGGAAAACGUUCAAAGUUUGAAGGGUUGGCUAUAUUCACAAGAUGUGUUACUACGUUUGUCAGUGUAUUGUUUAGUUCAAAGUAUGUUGACGAGUUCGAAGGUGCUGCCGUUGCGUCAUUUGCUGUGGGACAGUUUGCAUAUUCAUUUACGUUAUUUGUGAGUUAUGCAUUGGCCUUUGCUUCGUUCAAUAAGGUCAACAAUGCUCAUACGAAAUACUCACUUUAUAAGUUGAGGGAUGGUGACAAAUCAUACUAUUUCGACUCUGAAGUUUUUAACAUUUAUAAAGGAUUCUUUAUUCAGAUGAUAUUCAAACAAUUGUUGACCGAGGGAGACAAGCUUCUCAUAAACUACCUAUUUAAUGUUGAUCAGCAAGGUGUAUACGCUGUUAUUACAAACUAUGGCUCAAUAAUAGCCAGGUUAUUAUUCAAUCCAUUAGAAGAAUCAACCAGAUUACUAUUCUCAAGAUUAUUAUCAUCGUCGUCCGACACCUCGAAACAAUCAUUCACUUACCUCAAAUUAAUCCUGGUUUUCUACUUAAACUUCUGUAUAUUGGUGUUGUUUGCCGGAAUAUCCAAUGGCUCUUAUUUAUUACAGUUUAUUCUCCGAGGUAAAUGGACGCUGACGAACGUAUUUCAAUUGUUCCAGCAAUAUAUAGCCUACAUCCCUUUCUUGGCAUUUAAUGGGAUCCUCGAGGCGAUAUUCACCAGUAUGGCCAAUAAUCAAGACAUGAAGAAGUUUUCGACUUUUAUGACUGUGAUCACGGUAGUGAUUCUCCUUACGCUGUAUCUCCUUAUAGAACAACUAGAAAUGGGUUUGUCGGGCUUGAUACUUGCAAAUGUGAUUAAUAUGAGUUUGAGAAUUGCUUAUUGUUACCAACAAAUACAAACGUAUUAUGCAAGACAUGGGAUACAUUUUAAUUUGAUUAACAUUGUGAAAAGUACAAGCAGGGCAAUUGGAUCAGCUCUUGUGUUGGUGAUUGUGCAAUAUUUGCUUGUGUUUAAAGGGGUGGGCUUUACUACAAAGAAUUUUACCCAAUUGGUAUAUAGUGCUUUGCUUUCCGUGGUGCUAUUAGUGGUAUUGGCCUGGUUGGAAAGAAGAACGUUAAAGGGACCUGUCUUGGAUCUUGUAUCUCGAUUCAAACGUAAAAGUGAUUAGUUUAUAGAAAUAAUACAUAUAAUACUAAAGUUGCAAAAAAACAAUUCCUUUGCAUCAAAUGUGUGAAAUAUAUCCUCAGCUUAUCAAAAAUAUAAAAAAAAUUUCGAGUCGUCACACCAGAUAUUUCCAAAUCAUCACUAUAUCGUUUGUGCCAUCCGUUUCGCCUUCACCACGGGUAACAUACUGUGCUGAAUUGCUUCCCUCCAGUGAUAUUGUUACUCAUUACCUGAAUUUGAAAAGAGACUGAUUACUCGAGUCUUCAAAAUUCAUACCGCAGGAAUCGAACCGGACACGCCCGAGUGAAAAUAACCUGAGAAAUACUUCAAGCAGUGCGCUUCUACCAAAGACCAUCACAGUC